UAGGGCGACUGUGUCUUUAAAAGCAUUACUCACCUCCCUCCUUAUUGGAUAGUAGAGAUGGGUACUGUGCACCAAUGAAACGUUGAACUAUACAAAGAGAUCUACUCCCUCCCCCAUGCAGCCUCAGCACCAUAAACACUUACAUUGCAAUAAGGUAGAUGAGAGGGAGUGAUGCUCUUUUCGGAAUUAAAACGAAAAUCUUUAUUUACUUUCUGCUAUGACGUGAUUUUGGAUCUUUGUUUUGGAUUAAUGCUUUAUGGCAAUGGAUGGUAACUAUCUUCUUUUUGAUUACCUCACUGGGAAAUAAUCCUAACGGACCGGGGAUGACAAAGAGAAUAGGGUACCGAGACUGGAGAUGGCAGGCGCUUUGGUGGCAUCAUUUCUUUCUCUUGUGGACUACAAUAGACGGACAGACUCGUUACAGCAUCCCAGAGGAACUAAAACAGGGCUCUGUGGUAGGAAAUUUAGCCAAAGAUCUGGGUUUGGGGCUGUCUGAGAUUUUUGACCGUAAGCUGCGAGUCGCCUCUGAGGCUGGUAAGCAGUAUUUCAGUGUGGAUGCGGGGAAGGGCGAGCUGGUGGUGAAUGACAGAAUAGACAGAGAGGCUUUAUGUGGACAAAGCGCCAGCUGCGUGUUAACUCUUCAAGUAGUUAUUGAUAAACCGUUACAAUUGUACCGAGUCGAGGUGGAAAUACAGGAUAUUAAUGACAAUUCUCCAAUAUUUCCCUCGCAAGAUAUUAUAUUAGAAAUAUCAGAGUCGACAGCGGCAGGGGCACGUUUUCCACUCGAGACUGCACAAGAUCUUGAUGUUGGAGUAAAUUCCGUUAGGUCAUAUACCAUAAGUAAAGAUGACUUUUUUAGUUUAAAGAUAAAAGACGUAUCUGGUGGGAGGAAAGUCCCAGAGCUAGUCUUGUCUAAAUCUCUGGAUAGGGAGAAAAAGACGAGACAUCAGCUUCAACUAACAGCCCUCGACGGGGGAAACCCAGUGAAAUCUGGGACAUCUCUGAUAACUAUAAAUGUGCUUGAUAUUAAUGAUAAUUUUCCUGUAUUUGAGAAAAAUAUUUACAAAGUCUCCAUAAGUGAAAACAGUGUACAAGGUGCAUCUAUUCUUAAACUAACAGCAAAAGACAUUGAUGAAGGUCCUAAUGGAGAAGUAGAGUAUUCAUUUGGAAUUCACACACCAGAUACUGUCCUGUCUGUGUUUGAUAUUGAUUCAUCAACCGGAGAAAUAGGUCUUAUAGGGAAAUUAGAUUUUGAAACGAAUGCAAAUUAUGAAAUUGAUAUUAGCGCAAAAGACAAAGGAGCACCGAGAAUGGAGGGGCAUUGCACUGUCCACAUAGAGUUGAUGGAUGUUAAUGAUAAUGCUCCAAAUAUAUUUCUGACCUCCCAACCAAACUCUGUGCCUGAGGACGCACCAAGUGGUACAGUAGUAGCUCUAAUCAGUGCUCGAGACCUUGACUCUGGUGACAACGGUAAAGUGUCAUUACAGCUCCCCAAGGGUUCUCCUUUUAACCUGAAACCCUCUUUUUCUGAUAAUUAUGCACUGGUUACCGGUGGUCCUUUAGACCGAGAGCGUUUCUCAGAGUAUAACAUUGAGAUAACGGCCAUUGAUUCAGGCUCUCCUCCUCUGUCGACUAAGAAAACUAUAAAUGUCACCAUUACUGAUGUAAAUGACAACCCACCUGUAUUCACGCAGCCCACCUAUGUUGUAUAUUUAAAAGAGAAUGGGGUACCAGGCUCUAUACUGUACUCAGUAUCAGCCUCUGACCUGGACUUUGGUGAAAACGCCAAAAUCUCUUACUCUAUACUGGACUCUAAAGUGCAGGACGUUUCUGUCUCAUCCUAUGUUUACAUUAACUCAGAUAACGGCAGCAUCUACAGCAUGCACUCGUUUGACUAUGAGAAACUGAAGGUGUUUCAGAUUCAGGUUCAGGCAAAGGAUCAGGGCUCCCCAUCUCUCAGCAGCAACGCCACUGUCCAUGUUUUUAUCCUGGACCAGAACGACAACGCCCCCGCUGUUAUUUACCCCUCCUCCGCUGCCCUGGGCUCCCUCUCUCACCAGAGGAUGCCCCGCUCCGCUAAAGCAGGUCACCUGGUUACUAAGGUGACGGCCGUGGACGCUGACUCGGGCCAUAACGCCUGGAUCUCCUACAAACUGGCGGAGGCCACAGACGCCUCUCUGUUCACCGUCAAUCUGUACACAGGGGAGGUGAGGACUAAACGCGCGGUGUCCGAGCAGGACGACUCCUCUCAGAGGCUGCUUAUAGAGAUCAAGGACGACGGGGAACCGGUCCAGUCCUCCACCGUCACGGUGUCCAUCCUGCUGGAGGACGGUCUCCAUGAGCCCAUAUUAGACCUCCGACAGAAAAUGGCCGAGCCCAGCAAGAAAAAUGGCAGAAUCACCCUUUAUUUGAUUCUCUCUCUGGCCUCGGUGUCCGUGCUGUCUCUGCUGACUUUUCUCAUCUUAACGGUUAAAUGCAUCAGGAACAGCAGAAGCAGCGGUAGUUGCUGCAUGAGACGGACCGACUGUGAUGAUUACAAGAACCCCAACAGAAACCUGCAGAUUCAGCUCAACACUGAUGGACCUAUAAAGUACGUGGAGGUCCUGGGAGGAGACAUGUUGUCUCAGAGUCAGUCCUUCAGGUCCUGUAUGUCUCCAAUGUCAGAGUACAGUGAUUUCACUUUGAUUAAACCCAGCAGCACCACUGACUUUAAGGAGGUGAUCAGUGUCCUGGAUGCGUCUUUACCCGACAGCACCUGGACCUUUGAGAGCCAGCAGGUGAGCAGAAAACAAAAGAUCUGCUGUUGUAUAUUUUCAGUCAUUAUUGGCAUAUAAAUUACCUUUUUUAACCACAACUGUGUUGAUUAAUGUGUAGGGAAAGAGACAUGUUGG